CAAAUGUACAUUGAACGCACGGCAACCGCAACAUGUGCGCUGCAACUGUCAUAUUUAAUUUUUCCUACUGCCUGCAUUUGUGGAGCUAAAAAAUGUUUUAAAGUGUUUAAACUCAAUUUUAAACAAGUGUUGAUAAAAAAUACAAAGUGAUUCCUCAAAAUAAAUGUAAAUACACAAGUAUGGCGGAAAUAUUGCACAAAACUAAAAACGCCAACACUUUUCGGUACAAAUCCUUUGCGGACCGUGUUAAUGAGAUUGAUAUACGUCGCUUGGCUUUGUACCGCAUUGGUCAUGAAAACGAAGAACUGCCAGAGGAAGAAAACGAAACAUGCUUUCAUCAAACGCUGAAGAAAUGGAUAGUGUUAAACUUGACAGACGAGUUCGGCCAAUUUAGCCGCAGAUGUCUGAAGGUGGUAACAUUGCCACAACUGGUGCACAAAAAAGACUUUGUGAUAGACCUCCUAUUGGAGCGUCUCUCAACGGCCACAACUCUAUCAUUGCAGCCUUUGUUGGAAUUAUUAUACGUGUUAGCGCGCGAUUUACGUGAGGAUUUCUACCCGUACUUUCAACGCGUACUCGAUCGACUCAUUUGUCUGCUGAAUACACAAGACGCUGAGCAAUUAGAAUGGACACUGGUUUGCUUGGCUUACCUAUUCAAAGCACUAAAACCGUACUUGAAAAAAAACAUCGGUGUGGUGUUCCAUGCCAUUUUGCCACUACUAGAUGAACAGCGUUACGAAGAGCAUGUAACGAAUUUUGCUGUGGAGUGUUUUUCCUUUAUAGCACGUGAUGUGCGUGAUUAUCGUAAAUUUCUUGACUUCGUUUUGGACACAAUAGCACGCGAACAGGUGGACAGCAUAGCAGGAUGUGGGCGUUUACUCUUUGAAAUUGUGCGUGGUGUGAAAGGACAAUUCCAUUCGGUGGCGGGCGAUUUUCUACAGUUUAUAUUUGAAUGCCUGGUUGACGAACAGCGGGCCAAGUCCCAGAACAAACUGCAACUGCUCUGUGAAAUUGUGAAACAAUCGGUGCAAGAGUUACUCAAUUUUUUGUUGCCUCAAAGCAUGCCGCUCUAUUGGAACAAACUCUGCAAUGUAAUCCAAAACAUGAUGUUAGCUGGUGUGGGGGCUUCGGAAAGAUUCGUAUAUAUUCUGCCGUUAUUCAUACUCGCAGCCGAGCACCGCAAUGGUAAAUAUCUGUGCGAAUUAGAUAUGGUGGUACCAACUGUUAUCAAGAUGUUGGACUACUGCGGGCAAGAACAAGCUAAAGUGAAGGCGAAAGGAGCCCUAAAUUUGCUAGUAGAAUUAGUUAGCAAGGUGUUAUUGGCAAAUAGUGCACACCUGACACAAUUAGAUACCAGCCGCUUAAUGAAGAAAGCGUUGAGUGUGCAACAACACGAUAUUUAUGCGCAAUUUGUGUUACUUGUUGGCGCGCAUGCGCAGUUCGAGCUAUUAGUGCUACCCUCUGUCGUUGCGAACUUUGAGGAAAAGUUCGAUGAGCCUGCAUUUGAGCUAUUGGCGCGCGUUGUUCUGCAUAAACGACCACUGGCUGGCAACGCAUUUGCACUGGAGUUUUGGCAGCCUUAUAUUUUACACAUAAAACAACAAAACACGCUAGAAAAACUGAAACAAAAAAUAAACUCACUUGCAUUUAAUGAAAAUGAAUUGGAAGAAGCAAAUACUGUAUUGCGAGAGCAAGUUUUAUUGCUAAUUUUAGUACCACAUAUUGCGGGUUUGGAAAAAGCGGCACUCGAGCCAAAGCUAAACACAAUUUUGAUGCAAAUUUUAGAUAGCUUAAAUGCUAAUAAUAAUUUAGCGCAGAAAUUGACAUUAUACUCACUCGUGCUCGAGACGCAUAUUCAUCUUAAAUUUAAAUGUGUGUCAGAUUUUGUACAACGCUCCAUAGAAACACUGCUACCCCAUGCAACAAAUAAUCUGCAAGCUUUGGGUGCGCUAGACCAACUCCUAGGCGCAACGCCAAAAUUUACCGAGGAAGAAAUCCAACGCAUAUCGGAACUUCUGGUGCCACUGCUUAGUUCGCAUGCGCAUGAUAUGCGCCUGCUCGCUGCGCACGGCCUACAAACGCUGCAUCAGCAAACGAAACUGGCACAUCCCUAUAAAAUAUUCUAUGCCGCCGAAUGCAUUGAACCAAAUGUACAUAAUUAUCGUGAGCAAUUGCUGCAACUGCAGCAGCUCGAGACGGCCGGCGAACUCUACCGCGCCAUCGAGAAACAGGAGUCUCAGCGCGAUAUCUAUAAGCGGCACAUACUGCGCUUUCUGCUCGGCAUGUUGUAUCAUAACUUUAAGUUUGUCUGGGAGCCAGUACUGAAACUAAUAGAAUCAUACGCACAAGUGAUGAGCGUCGCAGACUUUUGGGCUAUUUAUCACCUACUUUUGCAGCAAACAGCUGAAAGUAUAGACUACACUGUAACUGACGCGCAGAAUUCCAACACCGCCGCCGUAGAAUAUGUGCCUUGCUGGAGCAGCGCGAUCUUAAAUGAGUUGCUUCCCACGGUACAGCUGCCUAAACAAACGCAACAACAAUUGUUGAACUAUCGCAAUCUGUUGUGGAUGCGUCUGCCACAAUUUGGACAGAUGGCACAGCAAAAAAAUCGCGAUCUGGUCGGUAUCUUUCUGCAAUUCAUUAACCAGGAGUAUCGCGCGCGCUUGGAAAGACGCGAGCUGACUUGGGAUCUUACGCAGCUGGCGGCGGGACAAGCGCAGGAGCAACUCGCAGAGGCAGAUACUUUUGACAGCGAUGCGGAGGAGGUUGAUGACGACAAGCAAACAGAACGUUCGCGCAAAAGUGGACGUCGCGGCAAACAGCGCAAAGAUCAGCAAGGUUUCAUCGCCAAAAGCAUACUACAAACGUUACAAAGCAAACUUGGCGUAUUUGCCGCGCAAACGAAUCCUCGUUCUCUUUAUCGUGAACCUGAAUUAUAUGCGCUCUACUUGGAUCUGCUGGCUGGUCCGAAUGCACAGUUACAACGCGCGGCGCUCGACUGCAUACUCAGGUACAAAUCGAAAUCUUUAACACCACACAAGGAACACCUAUACGCAUUAGUGGAUGAAGUGAAAUUCAAAGAGGAAUUAGUCAACUUCAAAUUAGAUGAAGCCGUUAGCGUGGAACAGCGGCCAGAGCUCAUGAAAAUACUGCUACGUAUAUUGUAUGGCAAAAUGAUCACCAAAGGUACACAGCGCGCGCUGAGCGCACAAGCGCGUAAAUCAUUGAUACUACGCUUCCUGGGACAGUGUACCACCGAAGAAAUUCUGUGGUUCUUGGAAAUGGCUUUCGGCAAGUAUGCCAAAUACACCGAAGCUGCUUUGCCACUAGAGCAGAUACCAGCGCUAGUGUUGGCCGAUUUCGAUAUACACGCGGCGUGGUCACCAAAAAAACUGCAAAGCAUAGUAAAUCUGCUGGAGUUGAUACGCAAAGAGUUUGGCGGUCUAAUGAAGCGUGACUUUCACAUUUAUAUGCUGAAACUGCUAACAUUCGUGGGUUGUGCUUGCAAUGCCAUUUUACUGUUGCCCGCCGACCAGCUGGCGCUUAUACAUCCAAAGAUGAGUGUGGUCUACAAAAAUGUGCGCAACGCCGCUUUACUGAGUUUGGUGAAUUUCUUCGCGCACAUCGACGAAUUCGAAUGGGAGCUCUUACAGGUUCGCUGCUUGACUGAAGUUUACAUUUGGCCGGUCAUCGAAAAGUUGCCGCAAGAUGCCAUUCACACGCCGACACCACUGUUGCGUCUACUCUUACAGUGGGGUGAAAAGCCGCAGCACUUCAACUACUUAGCGCAACGACGCGCGUUUGUUGUAGAUGCGCAGGAAACACCGAUUAUCUUCCAUUAUGUGGUGACGCUGCUGUUGAAUGAGAAAGCAAAGCCUGCGGUUCGACGUCCCAUUAUGGCGUUGGUCGAGCGCCUGUUGGAACAAAAAUCGAAAGUGGAACAAGUGGAAGUUAGUGGUCUACAUAUUGUAAAACCUUACAUUCCUGAACUCUUGAAACGCCUGCGCAUGAACUUUAGCACGCGCGCCGCCAAGCAAGCAAUUGACAAACGCGAUCUCAAUAUACUAUCGUUACUCACCGCACACGUGGAGGACGCAGCGACAUGUGAUAGCUUAUUGCAGCUGUUACUCCCAAUCCUUAUAGCGAAGUCUCAGCGCAACACCAGUGAAGAAGUAGUUACGCAAGUUAUAACAACACUCGCAAAUCUGAUCAAGCAGCUCGACGCACCUGAGGCCUAUUUACGAAAACUCGCACCGCUUUUCGAGCAGACACAAGAGGUGAACGCGCGUAAAUUGUUGUGUCAGCUAGUCACGGACAUUGCACGCAAGCGCCAUAAGCAGGCUACACAAAGCAAUGACGAAGCGCUCCUUGCGCAGGCGACGCGCUUACAACGCACAGCGCGCCUCACUAACAUGCUGAACGCCUGGGACAAACGUUGGGUAGAGCAACCCGAUUACGACAAGCGCUUGGAUGCGCUUAAAGAAAUUGCGCAGCUCUUGAAUGCUGAACAGAAUGGUGUUGAUAUAGAGCUUGGCGUGCUCGUGAUCUACAACUGCGUUUACUUCAUUAAAUAUGAUAAAGAUAUGGGCUUACGCGACAAUGCCAGCGAACACUUGCGUUUGCUGUUGCCGCGUCUCGCUCAACGCUUUGCCGUCAGUGCAGAGGAUAAACCCAAUGUGGACUAUUUAGUUGGUGACGUGGCCAUUAAUUUGCUCAGACGCUUAUUGCGUGACAACAACGACAAUGUACGAUACGAAGGCAUACGCUUAUUAGGCGAAUUGGCGCGCCAAGCGCCUACAACACAUGCUGUCUUGCAAGAUUUGGCACCACUGGGCGAUCAACAAGACGCAGAGGUGGAUUUCUUUGAGAAUCUUACACAUUUACAAAGCCAUCGCCAUGGACGCGCUCUGCUUAAAUUCUGCUCUUAUGCACAGACGAUGACGCGACGACCAUGCACGCGCACACUGACAGAGUUUGUAUUGCCGCUGGCCACACGCUAUCUGUUGCAGGAGAAGCACGCUGGUAAGCACACGCUUAUAGACGCCGCUAUCGAGACGGUAGGCGUAGUAUGUCAACUACUGCCUUGGCAGCAGUAUCAUGCGCUGCUGCGCUACUAUCUGACCAAGUUGCGCAGCACACAGGAACAUCAGCGUCAAUGCGUACGCAUUGUGGUGCGCAUACUCGAUGCGUUCCAUUUUGAUUUGACACAAGCGCAAGCUGAUGCGCAAGCGCUGCAACAGCUGCGCACUAAGUUAAGUAGUGAAGAAAUGACAGAACAAGCUGAGGAGAAAGACAAAAGCGCUGAUAAAAAAGAAGUAGUGGCAGCAGAGGAGGAGGAAGAUGCGGAUGAGAAGGAAACUGAAGCCGAUGAUGAAGACGAAGACGAAGACACGGCACUCGCUGCAGAACUGGCUGCCGCGGACACAGAAACUAUGACAGUGCAGGAAGACUCCACACCCGCUAUUGGCAUACUCAACGCCGCGCUAGUGCUGCCAGCUGGCGCUGCCAAACGCGUUAUGGUCACAAUCACCAGCAUACUUAUACCGACCCUCAAUCGCGCAAUCACAGAGCAGAGCUCAUACGAUAACAAGCACAAAGUGAAUCGUAAGCGUUUUAGCGCAGAGCGCGAAGAGGAGGAAAUACUGCGUGUACCGAUCGCGCUGGCGCUUGUUAAACUGAUGCAAAAGUUGCCCAAGGAGCUAAUGGAGGCUAGUUUACCAGGUGUUUUCAUGAAAGUUUGUACCUUUUUGCGCUCGCCACUAAAGUCGGUGCGCAUGCUAACGCGUGACAUAUUGAAAAAGAUUAUGCUCGCGCUUGGCGCCAGUUACCUUUCACUGCUUAUGGACCACUUGCAAUCGCUGUUGACGCGCGGUUUUCAAGUGCACGUGCUUGCCGUCACUGUGCACGGUGUCUUGGAUGCGUUGCGUGAAAAAUUGCAGCCAAGUGAUAUUGAAAACUGUCUGCACAACUUGCUCGACGUGGCGUUGAAUGAUAUUUUCGGUGAAAUUACCGCCGAAAAGGAAAACGAAAAGAUUGCCGCACAUACACCCGAAGCUAAACCGAGCGCCAAAAGCUACCUGGUAUUACACAUUGUGGCGCGCAAUAUACAAGACAACUGUCUGCUGGAUCUGCUCAUGCCGUUCAAGGAGCAUUUAACGCGUUCGCAUUCGCGUAAAGUCACUCUGAAAAUACAGGAUUGCUUUGCGAAGAUAGUGAGCGGUUUAGUUGAGAAUGCGCACAUUUCGCGCGAGAGUUUGCUCAUCUUCAUCUACGGCACAGUUUCGGAGAGUAUCAUAGAUCUGCUGCCGGGCACACAGAAGCGCGCGCUUAGUGAGCAGGAGAAAGAGCGUAUGCGGCGCGCUCGACCUGACUGCUUCAUCAUACAACCCGCGCCGCGCACACGUUCCGGUGCGGUCAAUAAACGCGUGCAAUCGAACGCGCAAGCCAAUGCGCAUAUACUUAUCGAAUUCGGUCUAGAAUUACUGCAGAUAGUUUUGAAACGCAAAAAGCUGGUAGAAGUGGACUAUCAGCCUUUCUUGAAUCCCUUACUGCCGCUGCUACGCGAUGCGCUGAAAAGUACACAUGUGCGCGUGGUGACUUUUGCAUUGAAAUGCUUCGGCGCCAUUUGGAACGACGCUUAUGAAUUGCCGGCGCUGCAGCAGCAAUAUCUUAGCGACGUCGUCGAGCGUAUGUUCGAGAUAUUAAAGAACAUAUCCACCUUUGGCGCGAUCAAGCAAGAUGAGAAUCUUCAAUUGGUUAAAUCGUCCUACAAAGCCAUUGUGGCGUUACUGCGCAAAUGUAGCGAUUACGAGCUUACGCCAGAGCAAUUGCAACAGCUCGUGCUCUAUGUCGAGCAAAAUCUGUACGAAGGCGAACAUCAAGCGCUUUCCUUUUCGCUACUCAAAGCGCUCAUCGCGAGACGCGUUGAGGCCGAGUCGUUCCAUCAAAUAAUGAAACGUAUCGGCGAUAUGUCGAUCGUGUCACAGUCGGACUUUGUACGAGACGAGGCGCGCAAUAUACUGGUCACCUACAUCAUGGAAUAUUCACUGAAGAAGCGCGUCGAUCAGAUUAUAAAAUUCUUUACAGUACAAUUGCGCUAUUCGUUGCCCUCAGGUCGACAAUCAGUCAUACAAUUUCUGCAUACUUUAAUCAAAAAGUUUCCGCUGAAGAUGCUUUCCAAACGUGCGGAAUUUCUUUACAUCUCGCUGGGACCACGUUUGGUCAACGACGAGGACCCGGGUUGCCGCAAGGCAAUCGCCGACUGCAUCGAAUUGCUGAUUACACGUUUGGAAAAAGUCGAUCGCCAGCGCUUAUUCGACAUGACGCUGCUCUUCUUCGAAGCCGGAAAUAAACCUUCGGUGGCAGAAAUGGCUGCGUCGCUGUGUUCGCGUUUUCUGAACGCGGAAAAGCAAACAUUUGCGCCGCGCCUCAAACUCGUGCUUCCCACAAUUGUUGCGCGUCUCACAAUGAAUAAUCCUAGCGCGCCCGGAAGAUUUGUACGCGCGCCAAAGGCGCUGGGCUUUGACGUGGAUGAGGAAAAGCUCAAGAAGCGCAGAAAAUAUAAUAAAAUUAAAGGCCAAAACAGCAAGCAAGUCGAGGAAAUCGUACUCACUGAGGAGGAAGUAGCCAAAACGGCUGAGGAGCACCAACGCGCCAUCGAUCACGAAAUAAUACAAAUACAAUAUUGUCUGCUAAAGAUGUUGGACUACUGUGCCGUGGAGCUGCUCAGCGGCAACAAUGCCGAAUUGAGUCACGUGAUCGAUGAACUGGCUUAUGAAUCGCAGAAACUGCUUGCGCAUGAGCACGUCUGGGUACGCUGCAAUGCGGCCAAAAUUAUCGCACUCAUUUUGAGCAACUACGAUUAUGCGCGUGUUGGCGCACAGUUAGCGAGGGCUCAACAGCAUCCAGACUACACAAACGGCAAUGGGGUGGACGCUAACGCAGCGAAAUUCGAUUUCAUUUAUACCAAUCCCGUUUACGAUAUUAAAUCGUUGGUGUUGGACUUGUGCGCCCAAGUGGUGCCCGGCGACACGCAACAAAAUAUGAUUGAUGAAAUAGUUAAGAUCUUCCUGUUCAUAGGAAAUAUGUUGCGCGAUGUGCCUUUUAGUGUUAAGCAAGAAAAACAGGAAGACGACGCAGCUGAGGAAAAGGAGAACACAACAGUGGAACAGAAGGAAGAGAAUACGGCGGGUAUAAAAAUUAAUUUGUACUGGCUAGUACGUAAUGUACGCUUCCUGAUUAACAGAGAAGUGGCUAAGGCGCCACAUUCCACCGUAGUGCGGUCAGCACUUUUCACGCUAAUCGAGGGUCUCAUCACAUUGCUCAAUGUGGAAACACUGGAAAUGCUUGCACCACCGCUGCUGAGUGCGCUGGUACGUGAAAUGUCUGAGGAGGACCAAAAUGUUGACGGGGACUUGCGACAAUUGGCGCUACGUGUUGGUAGUCGUUUGCGCAAGCGUAUUGGCUCCGAUCUGUAUGAUAAAUUGCGCACGCGCACGCAGACUGCAUUAAUGCGCCGGCGUGCCGAACGUAAGAAAGUGCUCGCGCAGGAGAAAAUACACGAUCCGUUGCGUGCGGCAAAGAGAAAAGCCGCAACACAGGAACGUAAAAAGUCGGCGAAGCGCUUGAAGGCGGAUGUGAUGCGCGGCAAGGCAGCAGAUACGAAGCAAAAGCUAAAGAAACGCAAGCGCAAAGCAGAGGAAGAGUUGUUCUAAUUUUUAUUUAAUACUAAAUAAAUAUUAAUAUUAUAAAUAAGUGUAAUUGAAAAUUUGUAUAAGAAA